CAACAUCAUGACAACAGAAAAGAGUUUAGUGGCUGAGGCCGAAAAUUCACAGCACCAACAACAGAAGGAAGAGGGUGAGGGAGCCACAAACUCAGGCCAACAAGAAACUCUGCUGGAGGAGUCUUCUCAAACAGCAGCUGAGGGAGAUAAUCGGUGUGACCAGAAGCUGAAAACAUCUAAUGGAGACACUCCUACACAUGAAGACUUGACCAAGAAUAAGGAGCGGACAUCAGAAAACAAGGGCCUGUCACGACUGUUCUCCUCAUUUCUCAAAAGGCCCAAAUCUCAGGUGUCUGAGGAAGAAGGCAAAGAAAUAGAGUCAGAUAAAGAAAAAGGUGAAGGGGGUCAGAAAGAGAUAGAAUUUGGAACCAAUCUUGAUGAAGAGAUCAUUUUAAAGGCCCCAAUUGCAGCUCCUGAACCUGAACUCAAAACAGACCCAUCUUUGGAUCUUCAUUCAUUAAGCAGUGCAGAAACACAGCCCGCUCAGGAAGAACACAGAGAAGAUCCAGAUUUUGAAACUAAGGAAGAAGAAGGACUUGAAGAGUGCUCCAAAGUAGAAGUAAAAGAAGAAAGUCCUGAAUCAAAAGCAGAAAGAGAAUUAAAAGCUUCCCAGAAAUCAAUCAGAAGACACAGAAACAUGCACUGCAAGGUUUCUUUGUUGGAUGACACAGUUUAUGAAUGUGUUGUGGAGAAACAUGCUAAGGGACAAGAUUUGCUUAAACGAGUAUGUGAGCACCUCAACCUUUUGGAAGAAGACUAUUUUGGUCUAGCCAUUUGGGAUAACACAACUUCUAAGACUUGGCUGGACUCUGCCAAAGAAAUAAAAAAGCAGGUUCGUGGUGUCCCUUGGAAUUUUACAUUUAAUGUAAAGUUUUAUCCACCUGACCCAGCACAGUUAACAGAAGACAUAACAAGAUACUAUUUAUGUCUUCAGCUUCGGCAGGACAUAGUUACAGGACGUCUGCCUUGUUCCUUUGCAACCUUAGCAUUGUUAGGUUCUUACACCAUCCAGUCUGAGCUGGGAGACUACGACCCAGAACUCCAUGGCGUGGAUUAUGUUAGUGAUUUUAAACUGGCCCCAAAUCAGACCAAGGAACUUGAAGAGAAGGUCAUGGAACUGCACAAGUCAUACAGGUCCAUGACUCCAGCUCAGGCUGACUUGGAAUUUCUUGAGAAUGCCAAAAAGUUAUCUAUGUAUGGAGUUGAUCUUCAUAAAGCAAAGGACUUGGAGGGAGUGGAUAUCAUCCUAGGUGUCUGCUCUAGUGGCCUUCUGGUUUACAAAGAUAAGCUGAGAAUUAACCGUUUUCCUUGGCCCAAAGUGCUGAAGAUUUCUUACAAACGUAGCAGCUUUUUCAUCAAGAUUCGGCCUGGAGAGCAAGAACAGUAUGAAAGUACCAUUGGAUUCAAACUUCCCAGUUACCGAGCAGCUAAGAAAUUAUGGAAAGUCUGUGUAGAACAUCACACAUUUUUCAGACUGACAUCUACUGACACCAUUCCCAAAAGUAAAUUUCUUGCACUGGGAUCCAAAUUUCGAUACAGUGGCCGGACCCAAGCUCAGACUAGACAAGCUAGUGCUCUCAUUGACAGGCCUGCCCCACACUUUGAACGUACAGCAAGCAAACGGGCAUCUCGGAGCCUUGACGGAGCAGCCGCUGUUGAUUCAGCAGACCGAAGUCCUCGGCCCACCUCUGCACCAGCCAUUGCUCAGAGUCAGGUCACAGAAGGUGGCGUCCCAGGGGCACCUGUCAAAAAAACAGUGGCCCCCAAAGCACAGAAGGAAACAGUGAAGGCUGAAGUGAAAAAGGAAGAGGAGCCACCUGAGCAAGCUGAGCCAGAGCCCACAGAAGCAUGGAAGGAUUUAGAUAAGAGUCAAGAAGAGAUCAAAAAGCAUCAUGCCAGCAUCAGUGAGCUGAAAAAGAACUUCAUGGAAUCUGUACCAGAACCACGGCCUAGUGAAUGGGAUAAACGUUUAUCCACUCACUCGCCCUUCCGAACUCUUAACAUCAAUGGGCAAAUCCCCACAGGAGAAGGAGUGAAGAAAACCUCUGUCCUUCCCUCGGAAAGAAAGAGUAUAAAUGGCAUUCGCACAGAGGAGGUGGCUGUCGUGACAAAGGGGCCAUCUACUAAUCCAGACUCUGAAUGGGAGGGCCCCAAGCAAUCGGUAGUUCCUAGUAAGAGCCAGAUGCCCACCCCGUCGGAGUCACCACAAAGCUUUGCCUUUGGCUCCAUCUCCAUAAGCAGCAAGGAGACAGAAGAGAAGGAACAGGGGGCAGCUGGCUCUCUUGAUAUUAAGGAGAUGCCAAGAGGCCCAAAUGGGGAAUGUAUAGGAAUGGAGGAACAGGCCAGUGCCUUAAAGUUCUCAGUAACACCAGCUUCCUGUCAGCUGCAACUUGGUGAAAAAAAGUCAGAGAAUAGUGAAGAACCAGGAGAGCUACUUGGAAAACAAAAUGGAUCAUUUCUUGAUUCUCGUGUGGGUAACCAGUUCCCCACCCUCAUUCGAAGUUUCCAGCCUCCCCUGGUGAAGACUCAAACUGUCACCAUCUCAGAUACUGCCAAUGCUGGGAAAAGUGAAAUCCCAACUAAGGAUGUUCCCAUCGUCCACACUGAGACCAAGACCAUCACUUACGAGGCUGCCCAGACUGACGACAGCAAUGGGGACUUAGACCCAGGAGUUUUGCUGACAGCUCAGACCAUCACAUCUGAGACCACAAGUAGCACCACCACAACUCAGAUUACCAAGACUGUAAAAGGUGGGAUUUCAGAGACUCGGAUUGAGAAGAGAAUUGUGAUCACAGGAGAUGCCGAUAUUGACCAUGACCAGGUCCUGGUACAAGCCAUCAAGGAGGCGAAGGAGCAGCACCCAGACAUGUCAGUGACCAAGGUGGUCGUCCAUCAAGAGACUGAGAUUGCUGAGGAUUGAGCUCAGGAACUAUCCUACCCCUAACUUCCUGCCCUUCUCCCAUCUAAGGGAAACCAGCGAAAUGAUAAAGAAGCUAAUCUGCAAUAGACCUCAGACUUUCAAGAUUAUUCUAAACCACCAGAAAAUUAAUUUCAUUUUCUAUUUGGAGUUUAUACCAAGAGAUUCUUCUAGAUAUCACUGAUCCUUUUGAAGACCUUUUUCUAUAUUGUGAUAUCAGAAAUUCUUCAACUUUUCACUUUAUGGACUGUUUUAAAAGAGUUUUUGGUUUUUUACAGGGUGGUUUGUGACCCCUUCAGCCUAGCCUCUGCCCAUUUAUUUCCAAGUCCAAUACUGACAGGGUCCACAGAAUUCUUCAGGAAACCCUCCAAAGACUGUUAGCUGUGUUGGAGGCCAAAGCCAGCUCAGUGGAAGGAACUUCCAUGCUCCUCCCCUAGUUUUAUACCCUUUGGAUGGCAGCAGAAACUUUAUGAACCAGUUUUCUCAGAGCCAAUGAUGUGACUUUACCACAAUGACAGGCAGGGCAACUGCCCUGACCCACAGACCCCGGAAAAAUGGCCCUGUCCCUUUGUCAAGGGUGGUUUUGGUAAGGCAGAGACCUCUGCUAAGAAUGUAAUAUUGUUUUUCCUUCCUCCCUUCUGUUCUUUCUUUUUGGAGCUUCUUUGGGUCAAAGACAUAAGAAAUUGCUUAAGUUAUAUCUGAUACUGUGAAUGUCUGACCGUAUCUGUGGCCUUCACCUCUCCAUCUGCCCUCUUACCUCAUCAGAAGCAGUGGCUCCACUAAGUGCUCCCCCAGCUCCCAUCUCAGGAGAACAAAACUCACGAAAAAGUAGGGACUUUUGGCCAAAAGCUCUACUGGAACAUUUUUAGUGGUGAUUUGGAGAAGGAAAGUUAAUGAGGUUUUUAAAAUAAGGUUUUCUAGUUCUGAAGAGUGUGCACUUCGCAUAGGGGAAAGGUGGUUUACCUCAGUCAGAUCCUCAGAAGUGUUUCCAGGUGACCAUCCCUGGGCCUCUUCCAUCCCGGAUGAUAAAGAAUGUGGCUGAGAGAGGAGGUUGUGUUCUUUGACCUUUCUUCUUGCAACAGGCACCUGCUGAGGACACCCUUCUGGAGCAAGGGAACUGGCUUUCAGGGCAUCCUCCCCACAGGACACCACGUGACAAGGGGCACAAGCCCCAGUGCCACUCCCACUCACCAUCUAAGGUCUGUCAGGUUUUAUAGGCUUGAUUUUGUGGUGGGUUUUGGACUUAGUUUCUCUUCUUUUUAAUUUCCUUCUUUCCUUUUUUUUUUUUGGUUUUGGUUUUGAAAAUGAGAACUGAUGUCCCUGAUUCCUUGAAAGGAUUUGGGGGCAUUUUUAUUCGAUAGGGCUUGUCUGAUCUUCCAGCUUGCUUCCCACAAACAGAUCUGCCUGGAGGCUUCUUAGAAUCCUAAUUCUAGGCUAGUAGUGAAUUUCAUGAGAUAGACGGUGGGUCAGAGACAGCAGUCCCUGGGGGCUCAAGGGCAGUGAGCAAAAGAGAAGUCUGAACCUCUGCUCCCGACAGUGGAGCCGGAGGCGCUUGUCCAGAGUCUCCACUAGAUGACUUUGGUUUAGACAAACUCAACUGGUUUGAACUGAUUUCGGGUGUGUGCAUUUUUCUUUUGGCAUCUAGGUGACACUUUUACUACCAACAGGAGGGAAGGGAAGAGCACAGGUGAGAUGUGGGACAGAUGGGGAAAAAGAGAUUGUCCUAGCUCAGGAACAAACCAGAGCUCUUGGGGCUCCCAAAGCUGAAACCUGUGGAAUGAAGCGGAUGGGGGACAGGAAGAGGGCACAGUGCGGCUAUUUAAAAAUUUGGCAUACUGAGUAUUCUGCCAUCUGGAUCCGUGCGGCAGCUUUCACAGCACAGGACCAUGGGCGGGGGGCGGGGGGCAAGGGCUGAACUUUCCCUCAGCUGUUACCAACCCACUUGUCUCUGCUUCCUUGUCUCUAACUGGACCAGCUCUGAGCAGCCAUGAUUUCACCAAGCCCAGCGAGACGGGUGUCCUUCCAGGCCUCUUCCCCUUUCCUCCAUCUCUGGCAACAGAUCUUGGGAUUUGGCGAUUGUUUGGAUUUUUUUUCUUUCUGCAGUUGUGUGUGUGUGAAGAAAACUGACUCUGUCCAGAUAGAAACGGUGAAGAGGGGGAGGAGAGUUACAUUUCCAGGGUCAAAAACUUGGCAACAGUUUUCCUAAAGUGACUCAGACACACCACAGUAACAACUCUCACUGCAGUUUUAUUUUCACUUGAGAAAUAAAAUUUGCUCCAAGCCACAUGAGGUCUCUGGCACCCACCCACAAAACAAGACUUGUAUCCAUAAGCCGAGGGUUCAGGGAGCCUAACUGCAGGGACCUGUCAGGGCACUCUGCCUGGCCCCCUCCCUGAGGCCCGUCACUGUGUUGGGGGAAGCCCGCGGUGGCUGGGGGUGAGGAGCCAACAGUCCACCUUGCAAACGGAACCAGAGCUGUGGCCUAACCAGGCCCCCUUAAUGCUCGUGGGAAAUCUCUGCCCAGGAUCUCAGCCCCAGGCUGGUUGUUUUUACAAAUCUCUCAAAUGUAUUAUUUUGGUGACAAAAAUGAAGGAGCUUUGUAAAUUUUUUAAAAAAUUAUGAAUCAUAUCAAGUAGUUUACAUUUCUUCAUAAAAUAGGAACUAUGGCAGCAGAAUCAAAUUGGCAAAAUCCUUAGAUUAAACAGGAAAUAGGUCUGCUGUUCUGGCCUUUUGUAGAAGUAGCUGUAGUGUUUAGGUAUGUGUUUGGUCUUGCUUCUUGUAUUGCAUUUUUCAAUAAAC